ACCAUCCUGCCAGUAUCCAAACCGGUCAGCCUGCCAUCUGAGAACCCACCUUCCAUGGUGCAGCCUGGUGCCUCGGCGCCCACAAUUCAGCCUGAUGUCUCAAUUCAGCCUGAUGUCUCAAUUCAGCCUGAUGUCUCUACCCAGCCUGAUGUCUCUACCCAGCCUGAUCCUGAUGAACUGAUUCAGCCUGAUGAUCCUAUUAUGCCAGAUGACUCGAUGCCCGCUGUCUUGCCAGAUGACUCGGAGCCCGCCGUCUUGCCAGAUGACUCGGAGCCCGCUGUCUUGCCAGACGACUCAGUGCCCGCAGUCUUGCCAGAUGACUCAGUGCCCGCAGUCUUGCCAGACGACUCGGUGCCCUCAGUCUUGCCAGAUGACUCGAUGCCCGCUGUUCUGCCAGACGACUCGGUGCCCGCUGUCUUGUCGGUUGACUCGAGAGCCCGCUGUCGGGCCGGUUGACUCAGAGCCCGCUGUUGUGCCUGGUGACUCGGGGCCC